AUGCAAGCUCUCCCCAACUCGUUAUGUACUCUUUGGAACUUGCAAAUCCUCAACUUGGAUGACUGUGUUAGGCUUGAGGCUUUACCUAAGAAGCUCACAUCCUUACGUAAUCUUCGACAUCUAUGUUUGUGGGGCUGCAAGUCAUUGCGUGAGAUGCCAUCUAAAAUGAGAGAAUUGAACGGCCUAAAAACAUUGAGCAUGUUUGUCGUGGGUCACAAGAGAGGUAACCAACUUGAGGAACUGGAAUGCUUGAACAUCAGUGGAAGGCUUCAGAUUAGGCAUCUGGAGAGAGUAAAAGACCAUAUGGAUGCUAAGAAAGCAAAGAUUGCUGAGAAAAACAAUCUUCGUAAUUUGAGAUUGUCGUGGGAAAGAAAUGCUUUAUCCAAGCUAGUCGAGGAAGUUGAUGAAAGGGUCUUGGAAGCACUUGAACCUCACCCCAAUCUUGAACGUCUUUAUAUACAAGGCUUCAGUGGUAGAUAUCUUCCACGUUGGAUGGAAAACUCAACGCAGAGAAAAAUAGUUGAGAUUAAUAUAACUGAUUGUGAAAAUAUUAGGCAUUUUCCAAAACUGGGAGAGUUGCCCCAUCUUGAGAAUCUGUUUUUAACGAAUAUGGGGGUGGAGUAUAUUAUUGAAGAAGAAGAAGUUGGGAGUGGGCACCCAGGACUAUCAAAAGAGCAACAGAGUAGUAAAGAAGCAUUCCCAAAUCUGGAAUGCCUAAGUAUCAAGCGUUGCUCUUCAUUUGUAUUUCCAUCAAUCUCGUCCCUUGAAAAGUUGAAGUAUCUAGGAUGUAGAAGCUCAGACUUGGCUUUAUUAUCUGAGCACGACAUUCCUAGUAAGCUGUCAAUCGAGGUUGAAGAGAACCUGACUUGUUUCCCAAUAGAAGCGCUGAAAAAGUUUAGUAAGUUGCGGUCAUUGACAAUUGAGAAUGCAAAAGAGAUCUCUUUGACAAGAGAAGGUCUGGAAGCCUUAAAAGAGCUUAUAAGUUUAUGGCCAGAGAGUUGUCAGACAAUGAGAUGUUUACCAGAAAGGAUGUUGCGGCACCUUACUGCUUUGGAGGACCUCACCAUAAUAACGUGCCCAGAAAUACUAGAGUUGCCUGAGGAUAUUAAACAUCUCCAUAAUCUUAAGUUCCUCCAGUUACACUGGAUCUUCCCAAGAUCACGCGCUUGCCUCAAGCCUUUCAGCACCUCACUUCUCUAUACCUUGCAGAUCUUCCCUAACCUGGAAUCACUUCCAGAUCAGCCACCAUCUCUCUUCACUCGAUGUUACGAGCUGCCCAAAGGUUGUAUCGAUUUCUGA